AGAGAGGUAGGAAAGAGAGGUGAUGCACUGGUAACCAGUCCUCUACGGAGACUGAAUUUGUUGCUGGGAUUGAUCAUUCAGAGCGCCUGCAUGACCAUUAACUGUGCAAAUGUGCCAGGAAAGAAGUUAUCCCUGUUUACUGGAGGAUGUGUUUGCUGAGAGAAACCCCAAAGUGGAGAGAGGAGUAAACUGCCAAUUUGUUGUUUUUAUGAUCUGAGAGAGGAAGUUACAACCACAGAGAUUUAUAAAGAUGUCCUCGCCAGGAGUCCAGCAACAGAAGCAGGUGGACAUGGGGUACAUCUCCAUUGAGACAGCUAUUGCUGUGGCCUCUGCCCUGGGGAAUAUUCUGGUGGUUCUGGUGGUGUGUAUGAACCGAGCUCUGCACAACGCCACUUUCUGCUUCAUCGUUUCUCUGGCUGUGGCUGACAUUGCUGUUGGAGUUUUGGUCAUCCCUCUGGCCAUCGUAAUCGACAUGGGAUUCAAGACUCCGUGCUACACAUGCCUCUUCCUCUCCUGCCUGCUGCUGAGCAUCACCCAGAGCUCCAUCCUCUCCCUCCUGGCAAUAGCCAUAGACAGAUUUCUGCGCAUCAAGAUUCCCACAAGGUACAACAUCAUAAUGACCCCAGGGAGGGCAUCUGUAGCCAUUUGCCUGUGCUGGACCCUCUCCUUCCUCAGUGGGUUGGUUCCAAUGACUGGCUGGAACAACCUUAACCAUGGAAACAUCAGCUGCUCUAGUGAGAUAGUUUGCUCAUUUUUGAACGUGAUUGGGAUUGACUACAUGGUAUACUUUAAUUUCUUUGGCUGGGUGGUGGUACCUUUGACCAUAAUGAUCCUUCUGUAUGGGGAGAUAUUCCGAGUGAUCCGAAAACAGCUUAACCGCCGGGCUGAGGCCACUUGUGAUGGACAGAAGUAUUACCGAAAGGAGCUGAAGCUAGCCAAAUCAUUGGCUUUGGUGGUUUUUCUUUUCAUCAUCUGCUGGUUGCCAUUACACAUAAUGAACUGCAUCAGCUUCUUUUGCCCAAAGUGUGUUGUACCAAAAGCCAUCACAUAUGGAGGAAUUAUCAUGUCCCACCUGAACUCAGUCCUCAACCCGAUGGUUUAUGCAUUCAGGAUAAAGCAUUUCCGUCUCACGCUGAUCCAAGUACUCCGUCGCUGCAUGUUGUGCAAGUCAACAGAGAGCACUUCCUGUCCAUCCAUCACUACAGUUAUGCCUGAGAAGACAAAAGCAAAGCUGUAACACAGACUUCUGAAAAUCCCUCUCCAGCGUUACACAGCGGGAAAACUUUCACAAUAAUCGUGAAAUUACAAGAACCACAAAAGACCAUCCCAAUAAGGAAAAGACAGCAUUUAAUGGCAUCCGGUGACAUGUUCGCUUUUGAUUCAAGUCUGUUUUUUUGAGUACAUGAGAGAAAAAGCUAAUAAAAAGUUACAUGCCCAUUAGUCUGAUUGGCUGUCAUUCACUGCUGUGUUAAGAAUGUUGUGUAAAAUUCUAACAGUAGAUGCUUCAUGGUUUUUUAAAACUCAUUUACCACAUAAGUCUUUAAGGAGCAAGUCACUCCAAAUCAACAUUUUUUUUUUGCUGAUAAACUAUGUAAAUGUGUGUCUGAUCAUGCUGCAGACACGUGUGGUCAAUAAUUCAGCACUUUAGUGCAUCUUAGUUAAAAUUUAAAUAUCCUGCCUAAAACUGUCAGUGUUGCACUGUUGUCAGGUAAAAACUCAGCACUGCAUUUGAAUUUAAAUCUGACGUCGCUAUUGGCUAAGAGGUACACUAUGAUGUUAAAUGGUACAUUAUGAGGUCACAAUGUCGUGAGUGUGUGUAUUUGUUAGUGGCUCCACCCUCUCGGUCUGCUAGGGAACAGCAUUUGUUGCAUUUUUCAAACAGGAAGUGGGAGUUGAGUAACAGUCUGGUAGGGGGUGACUUGCUCUUUAAACUGUUAUCAAACAUCUUGAUCACCAACAAGCUUUCCUCUUUUGUCAGUUAUCAGUGGCGUUAGAUUGGAGUCUAUUGUUAAGGUGGCCCACUAAAGCUGUGGCCGCAGGGUUGUCGGUGCCUGUCGUGGAGGCAACACCUGAACUCGCUGGCAGACACCAGCAGCUAGGGAUGCUGUCAAGCUGAAGAAAGAGUUCUGUCAGAUAUUUUUGGCCUCCAGAUAUUUUUGGACUCCAGAGGCAGCUGAUAGGUACCGGCAGUCCAAGCGGAAUGCAGCUCGGGGUGUCGCGGAGGCAAAAACUCGGGCGUGGGAGGAGUUCGGUGAGACCAUGGAGCACGACUUUCGCGCUGGAUGUCGUAGGGCUGUGUUGGCUGACGCAGCUCUGCAAUAUCAUCAGGGGCAGUUCCGCUGGACUGGCACACUAGGGUGGUGGUCUCCCUUUUUAAAAAGGGGGACCGCAGGGUGUGUUCCAACUACGGGGGGAUCACACUCUUGAGCCCCCCUGGCAAGGUCUAUUCAGGGGUUCUGGAGAGGAGGGUCCGUCAGAUUGUUGAAUCUCUGAUUCAGGAGGAGCAAUGUGGUUUUUGUCCUAGCUGUAGAAAACUGGACCAACUCUGUAGCCUUAGGGAGGUCAUGGAGGGUGCAUGGGAGUUUGCCCUACCAAUCUACAUGUGUUUUGUGGAUUUGGAGAAGGCGUUCGACUGCGUCUCUCGGGGGGCCUUGUGGGGGGUACUCCAGAAGUAUGGGGUACCAGGCCCUCUGACAUGGUCUGUUAGGUCCCUGUAUGACCGGUGUCAGAGCUUGGUCCGCAUUGCGGGCAGUAAGUCAGGCUCGUUCCCAGUGAGAGUUGGACUCCGCCAAGGCUGCCCUUUGUCACCGAUUCUGUUCAUUACCUUUAUGGACAGGAUUUCUAGGCGCAGCCAAGGUGUGGAGGGCAUCCGUUUUGGAGCCCUGAGGAUCAGGUCUCUGCUUUUUGCAGAUGAUGUGGUCCUGCUGGCUUCAUCAGAAUGUGAUCUCCGGCUUUCGCCGGAGCGGUUCGCAGCUAAGUGUGAAGCAGCUGAGAUGAGAAUCACCUCCUCUAAAUCUGAGACCACUGUCUUAAGUCGAAAAAAGGAUGAUUGUCUUCUCUGGGUCAGGGAUGAGGUCCUGCCCCAAGUGGCAACAGCCAUGAAACUCACGCAACAAGAGUGAGAGAGUAAUAUUUUUGCCUAAAAAAUGGAAGGAAUUACCCACAUUUGACCACAGGAUGUACUUCUUACAAAUUGCACCUAUAAAUCUUGUAAAGUUUUAAAAACAUGGUGGUGUUAAUUGAAAAUAUUUUUACAAAGUUGUGAUAAAUGCUUAUUUUGCAUAUGUGCAGAUACUUUACAAAUCCAUUACAUAAUGUGAAAUUCUUAAUGCACAGAGAAAAAUCAAUAAGUUUCCUGCUUUUGGUUUUAUGUGGAAAUCAUUCAUUGUACUUGGGAAUAACAAGGCAGUGUUCAAACUGCAAAUUAAUCAUUCAGUUACUUUUUCAAAUGGAACAAGACAAACAAAAGCAGCUAAUUCUGCAUUUAUCACAGAAGGCAGAAAUCUGCGGUGCUAAUUUAGUUUGUUCGAGCCAUAAUUUAAAAGCUGUGGCGGAGAAGUGAAAGGCUAGAGCAUUUGAACAAAUUAAGCGAGCGCAAUUAUCCUGAUGUACUCCAACUGUAAAACUGUGAUAAAGUCUCAGCUAAAGGUUCUGCUUUGUCAUUAAUUUGACUUCUGCUUGAUUUCAGCCUCGGGAGUCAAUAAAAUUUAAAUUCUUAAUCAUGUUGGAAAAUCCACCUUUAAAAACCACAGUUUAUGUGCUGAAAAUGAAAACUUUACAAUUAUGUUUACUUUUGUGAUUUUUAAAUAAAAGAAACCUGUGUGGUUGUAAAUAAUGCCUGUAUUAGCAUCUGUCACCUUCAUCCAUCUGAGGGAUUUGAAACUGCUGAGUCUGGUUUAAUCCUCAGCCCUGGUCUUAAGUCCCACACAACCAACUGGGAUUUACUUUGAGCACGGUGUCUGCGGUUGGUGGUGUAACACACUGGUAAAAGAAGCAUGGCCUAAACGUAGACUGAAAAAGGCAGAAAGUUAUAUUUUGGGUUCAUUUUAUGUCUUGACCCGGUCUACAAAACAAAUCUUCUAAAGAAUCAAAGAGAAACUUACAUUUGAGGAAAAUGGCUAACGCUGAUGAAGCAGAUGGCAGUCAAGAUCCUGAGGCUCCAGAUGAAAAUGUGGACGAAGCCUUGCUGCACUUCAGCAAACUCGGAGAAAGUCGGCGUGCGCUACCAUGGGUGCAGUGGACCUUCAAAGAAAAAGCUAAUUAUUUUAUGGACCACAUCUUUCUUGGAUUUUUGAUUCUCUUUGUGGUCGUGCUUCUGUGUGAAUGUCUAUAUAAAUGUUGGUAUGUGUCAAACGUGAACAAGGCAGCAGAGUUCGUGUCAGAUUUGGUGAUUUCUGUAUUUGAGUGGCUCUUCACUCAAGAGAGACAUGAGGAGUUGGCUGAACUGUAAGACGUUUGAAAAAAUAAUGAUCUGAAGGUUGUAAUGUCACUUUUUUGUUUUUCUACAAUAUUAAAGGCAAAAAUAGGUAACCCACGUGCUCGGAAACUAUGUCAGCAGCUUUAACAGUAACUUCACAACUUUGUUACUAACUGUUAAAUAGUGGAAAUGCAUUGUGUGUAAGUAAUCCAGUUGUCAUUAAACAGCAACAAAAAUGAAUUUUCCUUUUAAUAUAUACAUAUAUAUAUAUAUAUAUAU